GCGGCCGCAGGGGCGGGCGUUUCGGGGUGUCUAGGGCCGCUCGGUCUGAUCUGAGGCUCCCGGAGGCUGCCCUGGGGCUGGUGCAACGGGAGCGGGAAGCCGCGAGAGGAGGCCGGUCCGAGGCUCGCCAGCUGCGUCCGGGGGUGACCCCGAUUCUGGAUCGGGGUCGGGGGUGCGCGGGGCCCGUGCUGGUCCUCCUCUCCGGACGCCGUUCCGCCCAGAGUCCGAUGGCGGCGGCCGCGCGGAGGGGCCCGGCUCCGGGCUGUGUGACCUUUGAGGACGUGGCUGUCCGCUUCUCCUGGGAAGAGUGGGGUCUCCUUGAUGAAGCCCAGAGACUCUUGUACCGUGAUGUGAUGCUGGAGAACUUUGCACUGAUGGCCUCUCUGGGACUCGCGUCUUCCAGAACUCAUGAAAUUACCCAGUUGGAGUGGUGGAGACAGCCCUCCUUGCCUCCCUGUGGAGUCAUGACUGCAGCCAUGCCAAGAGGUUUGUGGCGUAGACCAGAGGUCGAGGAAGCGCCUUCUGGGCAGAGCGUUUAUGUAGAAGGAGUGUUCAGAGCAAAACUUCAACAGCAGAAGCUGCACUGUGGAGAGAGAUCUUUAAGGAGAGAAGAGGGCAGGGAGGGUGGGAAGGACUUCCCAGUUAGUGCUGGUUUUCUUAACCAUCAGGUGACCCACAGUGGAGGGAAGCCACAUAGGAGCACCGAAGGUGGGGAGGCCUUCCAGCCUGGAAAAAGGCAUUAUGAAUGCAGUGAAUGUGGGAAAGCCUUUGGUCAGAAAUACUUACUUGUCCAGCACCAGAGACUACAUACUGGAGAAAAGCCUUAUGAGUGCAGUGAAUGCGGGAAGUUAUUUAGCCAUAAAUCAAACCUUUUUAUACACCAAAUAGUUCACACUGGAGAAAGGCCUUACGGGUGUAGGGAGUGUGGAAAAUCCUUUAGCCGCAAUGCCGACCUCAUUCAACACCAGAGAGUCCACACCGGAGAAAAGCCUUUUACAUGCAGUGAAUGUGGAAAAGCCUUCAGGCAUAAUUCCACGCUGGUUCAGCAUCACAGGAUCCACACUGGAGUGAGGCCUUAUGAGUGCAGCCAAUGUGGGAAAUUCUUUAGCUUUAACUCAAGCCUCAUGAAACACCAGAGAGUUCACACUGGAGAAAGACCUUAUAAGUGCAGUGAAUGUGGGAAAUUCUAUAGCCACAAGUCAAGCCUUAUUAAUCACUGGAGGGUUCAUACUGGAGAAAGGCCUUAUGAGUGCAGCGAAUGUGGGAAAUUUUUUAGCCAAAGCUCUAGCCUCAUGCAACAUCGAAAAGUUCACACUGGAGAGAAGCCUUUUAAGUGCAACGAAUGUGGGAGAUUCUUUAGUGAGAAUUCCAGCCUUGUUAAACACCAGAGGGUUCACACUGGAGUGAGACCUUAUGAGUGCAGGGAAUGUGGGAAGUUUUUUCGCCACAGCUCCAGCCUUGUUAAACACCGGAGGAUUCACACUGGAGAAAUGCCUUAUGAGUGCAGUAAUUGUGGGAAAUCCUUUAGCCAGCGUUUCAACCUCAUUCAACACCAGAAAGUUCACAGUGGAGAAAGGUCUUGAAUGCAACUAAUGUGGAAAAGCCUUUUACCAAAGGUCUGCUCUGAUUCAGCAGUGUAAGCUUCAGUCCAGGUAGGCUGAUGCAUACAGUCAAUGUGAAGAGUCUUUUGGCUUCAGCCACAGACUUAACCUUGUUGGGCAUCAGAACGUUCACACUGGAGAGAAGCUUUAGGAUUGCAGUGCACGUGUGGUCUCACGGGCAUCCUAACUUCAGACAGAGGAGCUCUGCACGUAGCCUUCGUGAGGGAGCCACAGUGGAACAUCACUCAUCCAGCUAUGCUGACAUACUGCCUCCUGAGAAGGUCGGCCUCUGCCUCGGAGCUCCAGGAAGAGGGAUUCCCGUGUUCCUGGAUGUAUCCAUUUGGAGCAGAGUUCUACCUCUGUCACUGGAAUGGGGAGAGGUAAUGGUCUUGGUUCAGAUGUGACUGGCUCUUGCUGUUCUUACUGAAUAUUAGGUGUUCUGGAGGAAAUGUUUUCCUUGUUUGCAGUAUACCCUUAGGAUCAUUUCCAGAGACUUUAAGUUGUGUUUUUGUAAUUUUCCCCAAUUUUAAUAAGCAGGCCCACAAAGUUCCUCACACUGUCAUGCAGGAAGUUGAUCUAUUUAACUUUGCAAGAACUUGCCAAGUUGUGUUCUAGAUAGUUGUGACAUUUCAUAUUUCCUCCUAAAGUAUAUUCGAUUUCCAGUUUCUUCACAUUAUUGCUGACCUUUGUGUGUAAGACACAGGCCCUUUAUUCAUUUCAGCCACUCUAGUAGGUGUGUGAUUUUACCUUGCAUCUCCAUAGUGAGUCAGUGUUGAGCAUUAUUCUCUGUGUUUAUCUGCCACCCAUGUGUCUUCCUUAGGGAAUUGUCUGUGGUUUUUUGCCUACUUUUAGAAAAAUUGGUUGGUGUCUUACUAUUUUGUGAUUUGAUAUAUUCUACAUAGAUAGAAGUUCCUUAUUUGGUAUAUCUUUACCAGCGUUUUCUCACAGUCUGUGCCUUUGAUUUUCAUUUCUUAAAAGUCUCUUCCCUAGGGCAGAAUUUGUUAAUUUUCAUGAAGUUCAAUUUAUUUGUUAGUGACUGCACGUUUGGUAUUCUCUUCUUUUUCUUUUAUGGUACUAUAUCUUGUCUAUAAAUAAAAGUCUUUCUGAGUA